CGACUUUGACCAGCGUUGCAAUUGCAGCCUACUCCGCCGCCCUAUCGUUCUCGCCUCUCCCUACUAACCCACCUACCGGAAGAGACGAGGGUGGCCGCCGCCUUCUCCCGCUCUGCCUCUCUUCAUGGGCCAGGUCGAGAGCCAGGCUACCCGUCCGUCGGAGGAGCCUUCUCCACCCGUCGUGGAGCCGUCGCCGCCGUCUUCUGCCCCGCCUCCGUCCUCCCUUGAGGCGCUUGCCGCAGAGGCCAUGUCAUUUGACGAGGAUGACACUGAGGAGUCAAUCGAAAUGAAGGUACAGAAAGCUCUGGACUGUCCAUGUGUCGCUGAUUUGAAAAAUGGUCCUUGUGGAGGUCAAUUCGUCGAUGCAUUUUCCUGCUUCCUCAGGAGCACAGAAGAAGAGAAGGGAUCGGAUUGCGUGAAACCCUUCAUCACAUUGCAGGAUUGCAUUAAAGCAAAUCCAGAGGCAUUCUCUAAGGAGAUUUUGGAGGAAGAGGAGAAUGAGAAGGAGGCAGAUAAGUCCAACCUGAAAGUUAGAGCUCCAUCAUGGUCCAGAGAAUCCAACCCUAAGGUUUGAGAUUGCAUGAUAUUAAAUGAUAACCGUAUAGAAGUUCUCCAGUAGUGGAGUAGCGGAUUGAUUUUAGAGAGAGCAAAGAGGCAUCAUAAAUUGAUUGGCAGAAAUACCCAUAUUUAGUUUGGUAGAAAUGCCUCACGAUAUUUUUUUGAGAAUGUACACGUCAAUUCAAGUAUCAACCUAGAAACAAUGAACAUGUAAUUCGAUUCUUUAAGGAAAAUGUUUAGUGAUUUUGGUGUUUGAUGGUGAAAAUAACAUUUUGGACUAAUAUAUUUGCUAGUGUUUAUGUUU